AUUACCCCCGCCUCUGCCGCAGCCACCGGGCCGCCUCCACAGCACGGCCGCCAGGUUCCGCUCCCCUCCACCACCGCCAUGCCUCCCCUCCCGUUGCCGGCCCCCGACCCUCCCAUCGCCGACCACCACGAUGCCUCCUGGUCACAAGCGGGAACAGGCUCCGCCCAAGCAGCAGCUCUCUCUCCCUCUCUCGCUCGCCGGCCCGGCCCGGCCCCGCCGCCGCUGCGUGGCGCGCAGCGCUGUCCUGCAGCCGCCCCGCCCCUCCGCCCCGCCGCCGCGCCGCCAUCGUGGCCCUGCACCGGCCCCGCCUCGCUGGCGCGGCCUUGCCCCGCCGCCGCCCCUGCGCACCGGCCCGGCCUCGCCCCGCCACCGCUGCGUAGCGCGCAGCGCCGUUUCGCAGCCACCCCGCCCCUCCGCCCCGGAGCCGCGCCGCCACCGCGGCCCUGCCUCGGGCCCGCCCCGCCCCGGCUCUCCUUCCCCGUCCCCGCCCCGCCGCGCCCGCCGUCGACCUGCAAGAGCCGCCCCUACUGGAGGUCCUGCGCCGCCCACCAUCGCUGCUGGAGCCCGCGCGAAAAGGUCCCGCGUCGCCCACCGCCGUCUCCUGCGCCUGAUCUCAGGCGCCAUCCCCAGCCCCUCCUGCCACGUCAUCCCGCGAGGAGGUCCAGCGUCGCCAGGCCCAGGCUCUCGUACUGCCGUGCCACCGUCCGCGAGGAGAUUGGAAGGAGGAGGAGAGAGGAGGACAAGGAAAAGGAGGCCACGCCGCGCACGUCGUCAAGCCCAUAGGUGAUUGAAGAAAGAUGCCGGGCGGCGGACUUCAACGAUCGGUCGCCUCACUGUACAGAAGAAUGAUGCCACACUCGGAUGCUGGUGAGGGCUCAGAAUCUAUCGGCGUCAUCGAAUACACCAGACUUGUCGCUGGGCAUCUCACCGACGCUCCCAUAGCAGUUGUUCCCACCUCAGUUCGGCGGCCCACCACCGUUCGACGACCCACCGCAGCCAUGAACUUGUUUAUUUCAAUAUUUAUGGACUUGUGAACUUCUGGAUAUGUAUUUGUGAACUUCUGGCUAUGUUGUGAACUUGCAGGACUUUGCAUUGGACUUUUGGAUGUGUUUGAAGUUAUUUGUGGCUAGUUGUGAUAUAUAUAUUGUGAUAUAUAGUGCUUGUGAUGUUUGUUGUGAUAUA